AUGUUAAUCCGUUGGAGAACUGGUCUCCAUCGCCAGUUCCGUCGUCUCGGAACGGCACUUCAAUGGCCAUUGAAAGAGACGAGAAUCAGUGAGAACACAAAGUUAUUGGAGACACAUUGGUCAGACAAACUCAUUAAAGAGUUUGAAAAUGGGAAAUUGAAUCCCUCAAAAAACUCCAAAAAGUACAUUCUAUCGAUGUUUCCCUACCCAUCGGGACGUCUUCACAUCGGACACAUGAGGGUUUACACGAUUUCUGAUGCGACCGCCCGGUAUUAUCGAUUGAAUGGAUACGAAGUGAUUCAUCCGAUCGGAUGGGAUUCAUUCGGAUUGCCGGCUGAAAAUGCGGCCAGGGAUAAGGGGGUGGAUCCGAGGGAGUGGACGGUUAAGAAUAUUGAGACGAUGAAGGAGCAGUUGGUGAAGACGAAGAUCCUAUUCGACUGGGAACGCGAGAUCUCAACAUGUGAGCCGGAAUUCUUCCGUUGGACCCAAUGGAUAUUCUGUAAACUAUUCGAACAUGGAUUAGUGAAACGAACGACGGCAGAAGUCAAUUGGGAUCCUGUAGAUCAAACAGUUCUCGCCGCUGAGCAAAUCGAUAAUGAGGGGCGGAGUUGGAGGAGUGGAGCCACGGCUGAGAAAAAGAAAUUGAGACAAUGGAUGAUUGAGACGCCGAAAUACGCGAAACGACUGCAGGAAGGACUCCGGGCGAUGUCUGAACAGUGGGGAGAGGUGGCGGAUAUUCAGGCGAAUUGGAUUGGAAAGUGUGAUGUCUUUCGAUUCAUUCUGCCGGUGAUUGGAACGACGGACGAUGAGUUUAUCGAUUUGAGGAUAAAAGAUAUAUUUGAGAUUUCGAAUGCAGAGUUUUUGAUUUUGAAGAAGAGCCAUUCGAUGGCUGAUAAGGAGAGAAAAGAGUUUCCGUACAAACUGCCAUUUGAAGUGCUCAACGGAGUGACCGGUCGUCAAAUCCCUGCAAUCGUCGUCGACGAUUCCUACCAUCCAGAACUAGAAUCCUUCCAGAAUUCUCGAGUCGGAAACUUUCAGACUGACAAGGAAUUAGCAGAGAAAUUCGGUAUUCAGGAGCCAAAGCAUAAGCGGAAUCUGACGAAAAACGAUAUUCAGGAGAUGGCGGCGUUUGGCGGUUACGGUGGCUACGAGACAUCGCGGACACUGACCGAUUGGGUUGUGAGUCGACAACGUGGAUGGGGAACACCGAUUCCGAUGAUUCAAACGGAUGAUGGGAAGAGGGUUGCGACGAGAUUGGAUAGGUUGCCAGUACUUGGAACGGAUAGAGGACAAAAAGUUGAUAGGGAGAGAUUCGGAGAAGAGGGAACUUUCGAUUCGGAUACGUUGGAUACGUUCUUUGAUUCGGCGUGGUACUACUUCCGCUACCUUGACUCCAAGAAUUCAAACGAGUUGGCAUCGAAGACGUCCCUUGAAAAGAUGCCAGUAGACGUCUAUGUCGGAGGCAUCGAACACGCCGCCGUUCACAUGUUCUUCGCCAGAUUUAUUUCUUAUUUCUUGAAGGAUAUCCGAGUGAUUCAGACCGCCGAACCGUUCACUGAUCUCAUCCCUCAAGGAAUCGUUCGCGGGAAAACUUUUAUCGAAAAAUCCACUGGCAAAUACGUGUCUCCAGAAGACGUAACGACGAAUUCAGAAGGCCGUGUCCAUCUGAAAACCGACGCCUCCGUGGAAAUCGACACUGUCUACGAAAAAAUGAGCAAAUCGAAGAAUAAUGGAGUGGAUUUGGCGGCGAUGUUGGAUUCAGAAGGUGUCGAUAUGACGAGACUGAGACUUCUGGAGGCGGCGGCACCCAGGGCACCGAUUAAUUGGGGAGAGACGGAUUUGAAGGGGAUUAAGAAACUGCUCGACCGAAUCGCCACAAUCAACUCGGACGUCAUCGAGUCUCGUUGCUCUUCAAAAAUCGUCGAUAUGGACCCAAAAAUAGAGGAAUCGAUCCGAGAGACCUAUAAUUUCUUUGUGAGGAAUGUGGGAAUGUGUCUGGAAAUCCUUCAUCUACACAAUACUGCCUUGAUGAGGCUUCAAGGGUUUACGAAUGCGUUGAAGAAAAUCGAUCCGAUCUACCUGGCGAAUAGUCCUGAAGGACAACGAGCGGUGAAGUCGUUGGUUAUCAUGUUGCAGGUAUUCUGUCCCCACGUGGCGGCAGAAAUGUGGUCAGCCCUCUAUCCAUCCGAAUCCCUGAUCUCCGCUCAACCAUGGCCCCUCGUGGAUUCAGAUGCCCAAAUUGAGUUUCUUCUGAUGAUUGACAGUGUGAGUGGAGGACGUCCGAGUGUCGAUCGACGACUCAUCGAAGAAAUGGGCGGAGACGAGUUGUGGAGACGGGCGGAGCACACGGAGCACUCGGAGAUUUUGAGAAUUAUGAAGGAGGAGGGGAUGGUGUUGAGAGAUCACAGGGUCACAAAGAGAAGAGGAUUCCAUGUAACACUCUCUUGUGGCGUAGAAGGUGACAAAGAGGAGAAUCGAAAGAAAAUCGGGAAAAUUCUUGAUCGAAUUCAGGCGGAACGAAGGAAAUUGGAUAAGAAGAAGGGUGGGAAGAAGCAGAAAAAGGAGAAGGCGAAAUAA